AUGCUAAAAAAGAAUGAAGUUUGUGAAGCAAUUCUAUUACAAAAAGGGAAUGAUAGCAUUAAAGUCAGAAGGUUUAUUCUGGUAAAAGAAUGGAAUCGAGGAGACAAAUUUUAUUGGUGUUGUGUAAAGCAUAAAUCAAAGAAAUGUAAAGGUCGUACAACAACAAUUCUAAAAAACAAUUUGAACUAUUUACAAACAUAUGAAGUACGCAAACAUAACUAUGCUCUCCAAGCAAGUAGCUCUGAAGUUGCCACAGCCAUUGCCAGCAUCAAAAAAUGUGCUUCAGAAAGUCGAAAAAAGCUCGCACAAUUAAUUCAAGACAAUAUAACAAAGUUUCCUGAAGUGCAACCAUACAUGCCAUCCCUUAAUUCUCUCUAUAAAAUAAUUUACCAUUCAAGAAAAAAUGAAAAUUUACCACAAUUGCAAUCAGCAAAUGCAUUAGAUAUUAUCAUACCAUCUAUACUAUACUUUGAGAAAGCUGUAAUUAAUGCAUUACGUUGUAAGCUACCUAAUGCAAUAAAUAAAUUGUGUUACUUUCAUUUAUGCCAAAUUGGAUGGUGUAAAAUCCAGGAGUAUGGCUUGGUUACUACAUAUGGUAAUAAUAUCCAUUUUAGCCUUAUGAUCUGGCAUUUAUUUGUCUUGCCAUUCUUACCUCCAAAUGAGAUUUCUGCUAGUUUUGAAAUUUUAAAGGCUAAUAUGCCUCCUAAGGCAAGUGAUAUAAUCCAAUGGCUUGAAAAUAACUAUAUUGGAAGGGUAAUUGGGCAAGAUGGAGAUACAUUGCAAAAAGAGCAGCAGUACAUUGAUGUUCAGGUUAAAUGUAUUCUUUAUAAAGAACCAAGACCCAAGCUAAGCAAAUAUUAUAUUGAAAAAGAAAGAAGAAUAAUGACAGUUUUUAAUAAUCGAGAAAAUCAGCCA